AUGCGGAUCCACUUGUCUUCGGACGAAGUGAAUCUGCUGGUUCACCGGUACCUGUUGGAGAACGGCUUCCUGCACUCCGCAUUCGCCUUCUCGGCAGAGGCCGCGAUCUCGAAGAAUCCGUUUCAUGCGACGCAUGCAGAGAAGCUCCCGCCGAACGCCCUCGUCACGCUGUUGCAGAAGGCGCUCCUGUUCAUCUACGUCGAGUUCCACACAGAGGACGAGACAGGUCGCGCGAUUCCCUGCGACGAAGUGUUUUCCUUUUUCAAGCGCCAUGAAUGCUGGACCAGGCGCGAAGGCUCCGAGGAUGUCGCCUCCGCCUCUGGACUGCUCGCCUCGCUCGCCGAAGGCGCCGCUACGCCUCGAUACGCGCCCGCAGCUGCGUCGCCUUCGCACUUGGUGAAAAACAGCGAAGGCGGCGGCCCAGAGAGUGCAUCCAACGACCUCGACUUCCUCGCUGGAAGUAUCCUCGCAGACGACGAACGCGCAGAGAGAGUUGAGAGACCGUCCGCAGUUCGAGGGAAACGCGGCGCCGGCGGAUGCGGCGCCACUGGCGCCUGGAACCGAGGCGGAGGCCCUCGCGGAAAGAAACGCGCACGCAUUCAAUACCGAGGCGCAGCAGGGCCGGGCGUGGAUCUUCCGGACGCUCUAGCUGGCUCGUCACACAAUGCAGGCAGCAGUCCUGUCGAGGAAGAAGACCGCAAAGAGGCUGCUCAAGAGGCUGAGGCAGGAGUGCUCUCUGGACGCCGCGAAGACGAAGAAGAGAGCGAGGACGCGCCGCCUGGUGCAUUGGCCAGAGCCGCGCCAGGCGAAGACAUAAUCUACGAGGGGCCUCCCGCGCAUGCAUGCGAAGAGAAAGUCGCGUUGAAAAACUUCUUGCGUCUCCUCCCAGGACACGACGGAGACGCGGGCGCGCUCUCCGAAUGGAGCCCCGCAGAUCCUUGCCUCAUUGUCACAAACUUCGCUGCCGGUGUCCCGUGGUUGUAUCGCCUUCCUUCUGUGGAGAUCGUUGGCCCUGGAGUUCUCGCGCCUUUCCGCGAACUCGAAGGACCAUGCGUCGGAGGCGCCCUGAAUCCUGGCUCGUCUGCUCACUGGAAGAGAGAUGGCGAAUUGGUGGCGACGGGAUACGAGUCGGGAGAUGUGCGUGUCUGGCGGCCGUUGGAGACUUCCUGUGUCGCGUCUCUUUCGGUGAGUUCCACAUCCGUCAUUUGCACCGCGUUCUCCUGCGAAGGAACGUACCUGGCCGCCGCUUGCGCUGAUGGGUCCGUCGUGGUAUGGCAGUUGCGGCGAGACAAGACAGCCGAGUGUGGAGAGAAGGUCGGCGCCGGGAGAGAGAAAGACAGGUCCGCGGCUGCAGACAGCAAGAGUGAGGAGACAAAUGGAGGAGGCCGAGACUCGGAGGCGAGCAACAGCGCCAUUUCCUUCGUCAAGGUGCAUGCGUACCGCCACAGAGGAGGCGUGAUCGAUCUGGACUGGACGCGGGACUCUGUGAUCGCGAGUGGAUCCGUGGACGGCUGCGUCGUAGUCUCCGACUUGCCGAAACGCGUCUGUCACUGGGUCUCUCUCGGCGCCGUGUCUCCGCGCGCGGGGACAGCGACGCUGCGGGUCUUUGUGGAGAACGCGGCCGCGGACGCAAACCGGGAGCAGGAGAAAGUGGAGACUGCGGCUGGAGAGGACUCGCCGACUGCGCCGAAGGCCAGACGCGAGGAGAAGAGAGACAAAGACGACGGAGCAGACCCCAUGGGGGAACUUCCUGUGUUCCCGGAGCAGCCCGCGGAGGAGCAAAGCGACGAGAAAGGGGAAGACGCGAGGAAAGCGGACGGACUGAAGGCGGCAGACGCAGUGGAGGGAAGCGACGCAGAAGUCGCCUCGCUGCGCUGGAACGGAGACGGGACCUUCCUGGCGAUCGUCGACUCGUCUCCCGUCGUCAAGCUGUGGCAGCUGGACGAUCCACCCGCGCCGCUGAUCGAGUUGGCCGCUCAUGCCGAGCCAGUCAUCAAGGCAGAGUGGCGCAACGGAGGCCGAGACGACAACGAGCGCUUCCUUGUUACGGCCGCCAUGGAUCGCCAGUUGUUUCUCUGGGACUUGGAGAAAUCGAGGACAGAACCUGCGAAAACCAUUGUGUACAAGUAUCCUCCAACGUCGCUGCGAAUCAGUGGCGACGGCAGCCGCCUAGCUGUGGGGACGUACGACAGCGUCGUACACAUCUACGCCCUGCCGUCUUUAACAGAAGUCGCUUCGCUCAUCGACCCUCACAUGGUCAUUCCUCACAUCACAUGGAGGAGCACUCACGACAGCAUUGCGUACAACGUCUUCAACAUGGGCCGGACGAUUGUGGCAAAGGCCGAAGAGAAGCCUGGCGCAGCGAAGCUGGAAGACUCUGCGUGAACGCCGACUGUCGAGCGGUCACACGCUGCUUUUCGUCGCUCGGUUCGUCCUGUCUGAAGCCCACCUCUCCAGAUGUGACGCCAUGUUCGCCUCCGUCCCUUCCCUCCCCUCGUUUCCAUGCGUCGCGGAGCGAACUGUCUCGGCAGACGGGCGCUUCGCG